UUACACACAAAAAAAGAUUUUUUAAGAUUUAGAUGGUAUUUGUAACAAUAUAGUAAUUAUGAGUAUAUUUUAAAUAUAUUAACUAUUAUUGAGUUUUAACUUACUAACUACUAAUAACUAAAAAUUAAUAGGUGGUUAAAUAUAUAUUGAAAUGUACAUUCUACUGAUAGUUGUUGUGAGCUCUUUAAUUAAGUAUUCAGAACAAGAAGAUGUUAAAAUUCACGAGAGAAAUGCUCAUUUCAUGCAAGAAAUUAAGUUCACAAAGGACCGGAAAUGCAUGGACUUCAAAACUCCACCACACAAUGGCAGAUUAGGAGUAGCUUUGCGUCAAUGUCCUGAAUGGAAACAAAAAGCACAAUAUUCAACUGAUCCAUUGCAGCCUCGAAUGUGCUUGAUAUUUGAAGAUUUAUCUGAAGGUAGCUCUAAUGAACUUAAAAGAGAUUUCACUAUUCUGCUAAGACAAGGAGUUCCUGAUACCACAGAUGUUGUUAUAGAGGAUACAGCUCUUUUUCCAACUUCAGUUCAAGAUAUUCGAGCUGUUGAUCCGAGUCUUGUAGAGUUUUGCGGUGAUAGACAACUAAUGUGGGGCAGCAGAGAAAUUAAGUUAGAAGAUGCUAAAAAGACCUUUUUGAUUGAGAUGCUUGCACCAGCACCAGCACCAUCUAAUAGCCGAAACAAAAAAGAAAUCAUUAAAUCGUUUAUGGCAUGCGAUGCUUCUUCAGUUGAUAAAAUUAAACUAUGUGCUAUUUCAGGAAAAGAACCGUAUGCAGAAUGCAAGUUUAGGAGUAAGCAAUGUACUUAUAAAAUCAUCUGUCCAAUGAAAUAUGAUUUAAAUGGUUUCGACUGCAAGCCAAACCACGUUAUGAAUAGUGUCAUUUGUUGUGAUUUUAUGUGUUAAAAUGUACAUUGCAUUAUAUUGUUAAAUAAAUCGUGCCAUA